AUGAAGGCUUUAACACUGGCCCAUGACAAACUCCUCCGUGGCCGUAAACUCGUCGUAACCUUUGCUCAUCAAGCCCCUCUUGAUCAGUAUGGGAACGGAGUCGCGUCGGGGUCGAAGCAUAAGAAGAGCAUGAUGGAAACGGGGAGACCGACUACCCUAAGCAUGCUCAAGACUGGGCCCGCGACAAGACAUGAAGGGAAAACGCAGGACAAGAUUGCUAUGAUGGAAGCCAAGCUACGUCAGAUGGAGAGCACGAAUCCCAAGCCAACAUCGACAGAGGCAGAAAUCGAUGGGUUAGAUAGAGCCAGCACGUCGACACUACCUUAUCACCCUUCCCUUCCUCUGAAACCACCGCCGUCGUUACCAAACCCCCUCCCAAAGCCACCCAGACCAAGAAUCCAAGCUCCACUACCAGCGCUGCCUAUGCUUCCACAACAACAGCAAGCGCGGUCAUUGUCUGAUACAUUCAAGACUUCGAGUCCUAGCCCGUCAAGUUUACAACACCAUCCGCCUCGACUGGCAAAGACAACGAAGCUGGCUGGUGUCAAGAUCAAACCGAAGGAGAAGGAGAAACUUUUACUGUCGUAA